AUGGUGAACCCGUUUUCCCGCUGGUGGGAAGAGCGCUCACAGGCCGACUCGAGCGCGGGCGCGCGUGGCAGGGAGCUGGCAGAGCCAGCCACCCAUGCCCGCGCGCCGCCAGCGCAGGACAGCAGCGAUUGGCAGGCAUGGCUGCGCUCGUUUGAGCAGCGCCGCGAGACGCCGCGAGGCAGUGUCUCGCCGCCAUCGCAGCUGUACGUCCCUCUGACGCAGGACGAGUCGGGGCUCGACAUGUCUGAAAUGGGCUAUGCCCUCACGCAGGAUGUGCACGAUCCGUCGCCGCUCCGCUCGGUGCACGAGGAGGACGAGUCGUUCGGCACGAUGCGCUUCUCGUCGACGCCGCCGGUCACGAGCGCAAGUCGUCUGCCCACACUCGCGCUGCCCGCCGAGACGGUGGGCCGCACAAGCCCCGUUUUCUCGGCGCCCAAGCCGAGCGUGAAGCGGCCGCUGCGCACGCUACGCGAGCCCGCACGCAGCACGCAGCCCGGCGACGCGUUCGAGGCGCUGCCCGACGAGGAGCUCGCGCGUCUCUCGUGGGAUGCCCUGUACCUCGCGGACGGCGGCCUGGUCCAGACCUCGCCUACCAAGCCGACCCCCCCUCAGCCGUCUCCAGAGCGCGCGCCCUCGGUGCAGGAGCGCGCGCCCUCGGCGCAGGAGCGUGCGCCGCCGCCGCCGCGCGCCGAGCCUGAGCUACGCGCACCGACGACGCGCGCGACGCGCCCCGUGCUGGAGCCGUCGCCCGUGUUCCGCGAGCCGGCGUACGACCUGGGUGCGUCGCGGCGGCGACGCGUCGAAGGCCUCUUGCGUCCGCUGCAGGACCACCGCCUGUCGACCCUCUCCGUGUCCGAGUCCGUGCGCGAGGAGCUGAGCCCCGACGUUGCGCCCUGGACGGCCCAUGCCAGUGUGCUUGGCCACCUGGAGCGCAGCGAGCUGCACGGCACCGCGGAAGGCCUCCCGCCCACGCCGACAGAGAGCAGCGCCAUGCCGCUCCCCGUGACGCCGUCCGCCGCGCCGCCUGCCGCCACGACGCCGAAUCAUGCCACGACGCGGCGCAUGCUCGAUCGGCCACGCCACCGCGGCCCCCGGCCCACGGCCCUGGGCGGCAUCCAGAUCGCCCAUGGCACACUCCCGGCUCCUACGCCCGGCCACACGCCGCGGCGCAGCGUAUCAGACCAGGCCGCGCUGCGGUCCGCGCCGCCUGUGCCGUCCAUGCCGCCGCUUCGUCACGUGUCGGAUACACGCGUCGCGCGCGACGCGCAGUCAUGGACGGACGAGGACCUGCCAGAGGAUACCCUGCCUGCCGAGAGCGGGGGCACGAAAGAGGCGCCGCGUGUGGGCGACGAUGUGUAUACGCCGCCGCCGCCAGCGGAGCGUGACAGGCGAGAGCCGGCGCCUGCGCUCCGCACCGAGGGCGCGUGGUCCUUCGCGGCACCCGCGGCGGAGCUGCGUGCUGCUCUGGACACAGCGUCGCCCCGUCCUGCGUUGUCCAUAUCCCCCUCCAAGGCGAUACCGACGUCACCGAUCCCCGGACUCGCUCCGCCGCUCACGACGCAGGGGAGCCUGACAGCGAGCCCCUCUGCGGCUCAAGCCGCUCCAGUCCAGCGCGAGGAGCCCGUGCACACGUACCAGGUGUACGAUGCUGACAGCAUUGCACCGUCUCACGACGUGCCGGCGCCACCGAUGCCCACGGAGCCGACGCUGCCCUACCUCGCGGUCACGCCUGCGCGCCCGGCGGCGCCUGUCGCGUGGUCCCCCGGUGCUGCGCCAGCAGUGAGCGCACCCCUCUCGCCGGUGCGUGCGCCAGAGUCUGGCGCUGCCAUGUCCCCGUGGUCGCACUCACCGGAACGCUACGGGUCGAGCCCUUCGGCGCCGCUGAGCCCGUAUGCUAUGCGCCAGCCGGCGCCGCCCACACAGCCUACUACGCGGCCUGUGCACCAGCCAGCGCCAGCCCCGGUACAUCCUGCCAGGGGCCAAGCAUCCAUGGCCUCGCCGUCGGCUCCAUCGCACACGGCCCCCUCGCAUGGGCCGACGCGCAUGGCGCCUCCGUCGGGUCCGUUGCAGACGGCUCACUCGUUGGGUCCGUCGCAGAUGGCUUCUCCAUCGGGCCCGUCGCACUCUUCACCGUCGUAUGGUCCAACGCGCAUGGCUCCCCCGACGGGUCCUUCACACGCCGCCCCACCCUCGGCUCCAUCGUACAUGGCCUCUCCGUCGAGCCCAUCGCCCAUGGCACCCCCGUAUGGUCCCAUGCGCAUGGCUCCCACGGGUCCGGCGCAGAUGGCUCCCCCGUCAGGUCCAUCGCACAUGGCUCCCUCGUAUGGCCCGACGCGCGUGGCUCCCACGGGUCCAUCACAGAUGGCUCCCCCGUCGGCUCCGUCGCACAUGGCUCCCGCGGCUCCGUCACAGAUGGCUCCCACGGCUCCGCCGCACAUGGCUCCCCCGUCGGCUCCAUCGCACAUGGCUCCCUCGUAUGGUCCGACGCGCAUGGCUCCCACGGGUCCGGCACAUAUGGAUCACCCGCCGGGUCCGGCGCACAUGCCUCCCUCGUACGGGCCGGCGCGCAUGGCUGCCUCGCCUGGCCCAGUGCCGAUGCGCCAGCUGAAUGUGACGCCUGCCUAUGCCGGUCCCGUAUCGCCUACCUAUGCUGGUCCUGUGUCGCCUACCUAUGCUGGGCCUAUGUCGCCCGGCUAUGCUGGUCCCGCGUCGCCUUCCUACGCGGGUCCCGUGUCGCCUGGUGCGUGGGUCCGGCCAGGUGCUGCGCCGAUGCCAGGGUGGGGCCCCGGCGCUGUGGUGCCAUCGCGUGUGCAUAUGGUGAAUCCUGUGCGUAUUGCUCCGCCGCGUGCCGAGCUCAUGGCGCCAUCGGAGCGCGAUCCUGCGCAGGUCAUGUCGAUGCGUCGCGUGAGUUCUACGCCCGAUGUGAGUCGCUUCCGGUACGGCGCCAUGUCCGAUACCGGCAGCAUGAUGCCCUCGCGCGAUGCACGCGCUUUUUUAUCGCCUGACGUGGCGCGCCGCGCACGAACCGGCGCCGACUCGGACGCAAACAGUAUGACGACAAACAUGCGGGCCAACACACCCAUGGGGCGCACAGAGCCCUCGCUCGCAGACUCGACGUCGGUGCUCGGCAUGUCGACGGCUGCGGCGAUGAAAAAGGCGCCGCUCGGUGCCUCCACGAACCAGUACCUGGGCCUGUCGUCCGAUGCAUCGGGUCCAGCGGUGGGCGACUCGGGCAGCACACGAUCGCCGCCCAGCAGCAGCGGGCGCGGCGGUGGCCUGCACGGGCGUCUGCGGCCGGCAGAUGACUUGGUGCGUUCGCGGCCUACGAUGGCUGCCGUGCAAGUCACGGGCGUGGGCUCGGCGAGUGCUGGUAUGGGGGGCCGUCUGCAACGCCGCGUAUCGACGAACCAGCUGAGCCGCCAACGACUUGAUGUAAAUGCGCCGUCGAUGGAGCCGCAGGGCCCGACCGGCUCCAUCUCGCUGGUGCCGAACAUGGCGUCGCCGCGCAAGGUGGGGUCUACGCAGGUGAUUGUGCAGGUGAUUGCUGUGGCGAUUGACCGGGUGGACCGCGCGCUGGUCGCAGAGAAGCUGCACAGCGAAAGCGGCUCGGUGCUGGUGCCCGGCCGCAGCUUCUGUGGCCGCAUUGUCGAGAUGGGCUGGGACGUCAAGAAGCUGCGCAUGGGGGACAUGGUGUUUGGCCUCCAGGACCUGAAGAAAGGCGGCGCGCUGGCCGAGUUUCUGUGCGUGGACCAGGACCUGGUCGCCAGCGCGCCCGAAGGCCGGCUGAGCGCAGAGCAGAUAUGCGCGCUGCCCGCGACCGGCAUCAUGGUCCACCAAAUCAUCCAGGAACACUGCGUGACGCUGCCGCGUGGCGCACGUGUGCUCAUUCUGCAGGCGCACGACAAUAUGGGCCUGCUGGCCAUGCAGGAGGCAUCGCGCCUUGGCCUCGUGAUUGUCGCGCAGGUGCCGACGCAGGCGGCCGACGCCGUAAGCAUCUGCCGUGCGAAUGGCGCCUCAGAGGUGGUCACUGGCGAGCCGCUCUGGUCGAUCAACCUGCUGCAUGAGUCGAGUUUCCAGCUCGUGAUCGAUACGAUCGGUGGACGCGCCAUUUACGACGCGUGUCGCCGCGUGCUCGCCAACCAAGGGCAGUUUGUCACCUGCUAUGGUGACGGCAAUGGCCUCCCAAAUCCGACGCACCGCUCGCAUCUCCGCAGCCUCCGCCGCUCCUUCUUCCGAAAAGACCGCAAGGUGCUCGGGUACGAGUGGGUCGGCAUCGACGCAAGUGCGGACCACCGCGCCGCGCUCGAGUCAAUCAAGACAGCCGCACAGCGCGGCGCUAUUAGCCCUCGCAUCCAGUCGGUGUUGCCGCUGGAAGACGCCUUCCGCGCUUUUAGCAGCGACGACGACGGCGUCGUCGUCGUCCGUGUGACGUAG